UUCUGAUCUCUCAUGGCGUCGCGAACCUCAUCUCGCCGAGGGACGCCUGCUAUCAGCCUGACGCCCAAACCGAAACCGACUAUCAGCGUCGAGGAAUGGGAGGCUAAGGCUCCGUUGGGCGACAUUGAAGUGCGAAGCGUCAACGCCGUGAAGUCCGCUAGCGAACUCGUCCCUCUACCCCCUAAGUUCUCCCCAGAGAAUGGAUCCGUAGACGGGGGAUCGCGCCCACCAACCCCGAGCGCGCGUACCCGACUUCCAGCUGCAGCCGCUACGACAUCGUCAAGCCCGCGCACGGGUACCCCCAAGCCACAGAACACGCAGCAUCCCCUCCACCCGAAGCACCCGAUACAGACGCCGCAGCAGUUCUACGACUGGUUCGCGCUGGUGGACCGGGAGAUCGCGCACAGCCAGGAGGCCCACUUUCGCGCGCACGUCGCGUCGGUGGCGAAGCAUCUCGCUGCGUGUGAUAGCCUCGUGGAGAAGAUCGACGACGUGGACAAGGAGGUGGAGGGGAUGCUGGAGGGGUGGCGGACCGUCGAGGAAGGGGGAAAGAGCUUGAAGGACGCUUGCGAGCGAUUGCUGGAAGAGCGGGAGCGACUGCUCGACCUGACCGACCAGAUUGGGGCGCGACUGGAGUACUUCCAGGAGCUGGAGCAUGCGACGCGGAUGCUCAACAACCCAGGCGACUCCCUCGUUCUCCAGACCGAUUUCCUCUACAUGGUCGAACGUGUCGACAUUUGCAUCGACUACCUGAAGAACCACCGACACUACCGCGAGGCGGAAGUCUACCUUCUCCGAUUCCAGCAAUGCAUGACGCGCGCCAUGACCCUCAUCCGCAUGUACUUCGUCGGCUCCCUACGCGCACUGUCGACGGACGUGACGAGGCGAAUCUCCGAGAAGGACGUGUCUCAGACGGCUCAGAUGCACCUGCUCUACACCCGCUUCAAGACUGUCGCCGCUCAGAUGGCACCCCUCCUUGGUGAGCUGGAGCGGCGCGCUCAAUCGCAUCCAGAAGAACUGUCCGCCCUGCUAUCCGAAUGCCACGCCGCAUACUUCAGUACGAGGAAGGCUCUGUUAGUCGGGCGUGUUAUGGAGGAAAUCAAAGGGCUCGAUCCUGGGCGCACUGAGCUGGUCGAACUAACUCGUGCCGGAUGUAGCUACCUGAAGCAGCUAUGCACCGACGAGUUCGACCUGUACCGCGAGUUCUUCAACACGGGCGAAGAGCAACUAUACCAGUACUUGGAGAACCUUUGCGACUACCUCUACGAUGACCUUCGACCGCGCAUUCUGCACGAGCCCCGCCUCACGGCGCUGUGCGAAGUCUGCACCGUUCUGCAGGCUCUUAUGGUCCUCGACGUGACGGUGACUGACGAAGACGAAGACGGUCAGGAUGACACCGCCACCGCCGACAAUCUCGUCCUCGACUUUGACCAGCCGCGCCACCGUCGCGGGCUGCACCACCUGCAUAUCAGCCACCUACUCCAGAUGGUCCUUCAAGACGCGCAGACGCGGCUGUUCUUCAAAGCGCAGGCGGUGAUCCAGUCGGACAUCCGGUACUACGCGCCGAAGGCGGAGGACCUUGCGUAUCCGGAUAUCCUGGUGCGCUCGCAAGGGCAGCCGGCGCAGGGGCAGGGCGAAUGGCUCAGCGAGAAGGCCAGCGUCAGCGAGAUCUUCAAGACGCCAAGCUUGAAGAAGCAGGAUACGUGGUACCCGACGAUGCAGAAGACGGUGUGGGUGCUCAGCCAGUUGCAUGACUUCGUGAAGCCAGCGAUCUUCGAGGACAUCGCGCAAGAGGCGAUUGGGCUGUGCAGGCAGACGUUGGUGUCCGCCGCCGAGAUGAUCAAGAAGCGGAGUCCGCCUACUACACUCCUGGAUGGCCAACUAUUCCUCGUUCGGCAUCUAUUGAUCCUCAAGGAGAUCGUGCACAACCUUUCCCUGACCAACAAAGAAACCGACCCUAAUGACAACUUGACUGGCGUCACCGAGACGUUCACAUCUAUGCUCAACAAGACGACUCUCUUGCUACCCGACCGCUUCCUGUCUUCACUCGGUGUCGCGCGUGCAGAGGACAUCAAGGAGACCAAAUACGGCAUUGACCACGACUUGCGACGCGCAUGCGAGGACGUCAUCGCGCUGUGCGCUGACCCUGUCUGCGAUCCCCUUCGGCGCUGGGUCGACCGCGUGUACGAGUUCAACGCGGCGCGCAAGGCGCAGGCGCAACCUGACGCGCCGGCGCUCGCCGCGCAGGAGUGGGCUACCCAGCCCGCGGCGGAGGCUAUUGACGCGGCGUUCCGCGCGGCGUGCGAGCGCGACCUGCGAAGCGCGUCGGCGCGGCUGAGGCUGUAUCUCGAGGACGACCGGACGGUGCGGGUGCUGGUGGACCACGUACAGGCGCGGGUGCUGGAGGAGUAUGGUGUGUUUAGAGAGGUGGUGUGGGGGAUGUACGCGGGGGCGAUGCGGGAGGGGGUGCUGUCGGCGACGUCGUUGCGGGAGAUGCUGAAGGUGAUCUUCGAGGAUGCGGUGGAGCCGCGGCAGGCGGCAGCAUCUGGCUCUGCCUCGCUGUAGCACCUUGGCCCUGUACUCGAGUACAAAUUGACCUCGCCCUGCAUCCAACGCGGCUAGAACCGGU